AUGUCUCAAUUGAAGAAAACUAAUUUAAAUUCAGUUAAUGAAUUACGUCAAACAACUGAUGAGAACUUAGGUUUUAUUUUUCAACAAUUAGGAUAUACCGAAUCCUUUGCAUUGAUUGAUUUGAAAUUAGGGUUGGGAUUGUCAACUGUUAUAAUAGCAGGAUUGUUGUUCUUGGUGGAUAAAAAGUAUACAUGGAAAGAAAAUUACAAUAUUACUGUUAUUUCAUGUGUGUUGUAUGCUAUAAUAAGUGGUGUCUUGUACUUGAUCAAUUUCUUGAACAAAAAUGUUAAAUAUACUGGUUAUGACAAAAAGGGAAACAAAUUAACUGUUGCCACUUAUUCAAACAAAUAUGAUCCAAUAUACAAUAUUACGAUUAAUUCAGAUGGUAAACAAGUGAAAAGUGAAUUAGAGUUCAAUAAAUUUUUCGAUGUUGUUGGGUUCUUCAAUAGAGAUGCAUUCACUAAUAUCAUUGGUGACGAAUUGAAUAAAUUGAAUAAGAAAGAUGAAUAA